CCGCAGCGUAAGCGCGAGUUACUAUAACUGUUGUGGAUUGUGGAGAUGAAAUAAUUUUUGACGUUUUAAUGAAGUUCUGAAGUAUUUGGACGAAUAGGUUAAGUUUAUACAAGUAUCUCCAUUGCAAUGAAUGACAUUUCAAUAUUCUGAUUCAGCUGCUGGAAGUGAAGUGAUUUGACAAGGCCCAAGAGGGGGAAUGUUGUAUGUUGUGUUUUGUGUUAUGAGCGAUUUAUAAGAGAAUAGAUUUUCAGCUGGUAUAUAUGGUUUAGUCAUAAAGCUAUCCUAUAUUUAACUAAACAUCGAAUCCAAAGUAAAUUUAAUUAAAUUCAGGUCAUUAAACCUCAAACUUUGAAUAUUACAGGUGUGAUAGGCUUGUUUUUGCUAUCUACAUUGGUCUGCAGAUGUGAUAAAAAGUUAUUCAAAAGUUCAUUAUGGUUAUAAAAUUAGUUGGAUCUGUUUAUUAUAAAAUGAUCCAAAGACAAAUUUGUAUGUGUUUUAGACAGAGGAUAAUUCUUAAACCUGAAUUCUUUUUAAAAAAUAACCAGGCAUUAGGAUUUUUGAAAACAAAUAUAUUAUUGAUACCAUCCCAGGUUAGAACUUUAGGGAAUCAGCAUCAUCAAAGUUAUCUUUCAUCAUAUAGAAAGGUUUCCACAGAGGAAGUUACUAAACCUAUCAUUUUACUUGUUAGUGAAAUCUUAAAAUUGAAAGAUGCAAGAGCUACAUCUUUAGUUGUCGAGAAUAGACUGCGUUCUUUGAUGUUUCUAUACAUUAAUCUUAAAAAAGAUGAAAAAGAUGAUUUUCUGAAGAUAAUGGCAACUGACUAUUCAGUCAAUCAUGGAAUUGUGGCUAAUUUGUCUAAACAACUUGCAGAUAUGGAUCCCAGUAGUGCUGGUGGUAUGUUAUUGAAGACGGAAGACAAACUGCGUGAGCUGCUCACACCUCAGUAUGUCUGGCUCUUCUCACACCUAAGUCGAAUGGAUGGUGGUAUCAAAUUCCUUGUUGACUUGCGCUGUGAUAUACUGGCUCUGCUCUCAAGUAUAGACACCAAAUCUCCUCUUUAUUCAGUUAUGCAGCAGAUGAACUCUGCUUUAAAGGAACGACUAAGUGUGUUCUUCUCUGGUGAGUUCUUGAGACUUCAGCGAGUCACUUGGUCAUCUCCGGCUUCAUUAUUACAAAAGAUAUCAGACUAUGAAGCAGUGCACCCAGUUCGAAGUUGGACUGAUAUCAGACAGAGAGUGGGUCCUUACAGGAGGUGUUUUAUCUUCACCCACCACAGCUUGCCUGACGAGCCUCUGGUCGUCUUAUAUGUAGCUCUUACUGAAGAAAUCUCAGAUUCAUUGAAAAACAUUAUAUACAGUACAGGUGAUGAAGAAGUAGUCAAAAGUAAUGUACAUGAAGAGCAACUCCUCAACAUUAAAGCAUUUAUUUUCUAUUCCAUUAGUGCAACGCAAAAAGGAUUACAGGUACCAUAUUUACAAGUACAUUGUUUACAAAUUCCUCCACUGAAUAAAAAUACUGCAUGGUUUCGUAAAUAUUUUCACUCCAAUCCAAGAUGGCUGACUGACUACAGUCAAAGUGAAGUGGCUCCCAGUUAAAAGUGUACAUAAGUG